CUCGUUAACACCAGAUGCUGGUCACUCAAGCAUGUUUCCGAAAUAGACAUGACAGACCCUGAGCCAAAUGUUACCUGAAAAGUUGGCACAAAACAUUUCUGGUGUGCAAUAAACGUGACUGAAAAAAGGCAGGCGAAGAAUUGGUCACCCGCUACAGCAACGGUAGCGCUGCAGUUGAAAACGAAAGUAGAAAUACAAAGAUUGAGAAGAAAAUGUCGGAAGGCUAUGUACAAAUCUCUCUACACAGCCAUUGUAAGACCUGUAUCCGGACUGAUUGUAAUGUACUUCCUGACGACGUCAACUGCUGUCAGAUCGUUAACUGUAAAUACAGAUGUCCGUUAAAAUUUCACAGAUGCAAAGAAUUUCAACAUAAAAAGUUCUGCAGAAAUGUAGAAGUUCCUUGUUUGAAUCGUGCCUAUGGUUGCCACCAAGAGUUUCCCCGUGGAAAAAUGUCCGAGCAUCUACCGCAUUGUAAUGCCAGUGUAAUUUAUAUCAAUGAUCAAGAUAUCAGGAGAAGCGAUUACUUCUGGUAUGCAAAGAAUGUUCUGGAAGAUUUAGGAGGGAAGACUUUGCAAAACUAUGGCAAUUCAUGUCCGUAUGCAUUCGCAGGUUGUGAUUUUACUUAUAAACAUUUUGAACCAGAGGGGAACAGAAAAGUUGUAUACAGCGAUUGGCUGAAUGCUGUAGGUUUACAAAUUACAGGCAAUGACAGUCAGCCAUCAGAAACAAAUGCUGAGAUUUUGGAUACAAAAGGUCAAAGGUCAGAGUUGCCAGGUGAUGCUGUGGGUACUGAAAAUGUGGGAAGUAGACUGGAAAGUUUGGGAAUUAAUGACGGAGAAGACAAGACUUCCAAAAGGAAGAGUGUGAAAAAUUUCUCCCGCCAGUCGAGUUUGGCCCUCUGUCGAUCUUUAUCACAGGAACAGCAGGGUCAGUAUACAGGCCUCCUUCUCUUGCCGCCAGAGCUGAUACAGAAAAUCACUGGCUACCUUGACGGCUUUAGUCUUUGCAAUCUCUCUGUCACUUGUCUCUUCUUUCGUGAUAUCUGUAGCCUCAUUCUUGUCGACAAGGGCAUCGUGUCCCCCACCUGGACAAAGUUGGACUCAAUUAAGGGUCUGAGUGAAGGCACCUCGCAGGAUACUGAUGGUCAAAGACUCGACACAAAGUGGACAAUGCCCGAUGGCAGUGUGAAGGAUAAGAAAUGGGUUGUAAAACAUAUGAGCUGGAGGUUUAGUAAAACGUUUGAACCUGUCAGACGGUGGGACUACCAAGGGGCCCAGCAGCUUCUACUUCACCUCCAGAACUGCCCCUACAAGACUGAGAGCUGCCUCAACAUCAGCAAAGAACCAUUCUCAUAUGAGAUACGUGACUCAAAUGUCAAACCUAACUUCGGGAAGGAUACAUCAUAAAGCUAUGACCCAGGAAAAGUCAGGAAUUAAUAUUUAAUGUUUUUUGUAAAAUUCUCAUGGAUCCUUGCCUGAAAUUCAAAAAAAAAAAAAAAAAAUCUUAAAAUUUUCCUACCUGUCUUAAAUCAUUUCAAAGGAUUUCCCUGGACAUUAUUUGCAGACUUUCUAAGAUUUUCAGUGUGUUUAUUCAAAGAAAUAUUAUGACUACAUUGAAAUUUUUACUCAGUUCAUCAAUCAAGAUUCAGAUCUUCAUUCCUCCAAAUUUGAAGAGUAAUAAUGUGUUACAAAGAUAAAUACACAGCGACAAAAAUAGAUAAUAAAAUUAAGUGUAAGAGAUCAAACAAUGAGAAUUAAAGGAUAAGAUAAUAGUUCAAGAAAUAAUUUGACUUUAUAAGAAAAUGUGAAGUCAGGCAUAGAAAGAAAAGGAUAAGAAAAUGUGAAGUCAGGCAUAGAAAGAAAGGAUAAGAAAAUGUGAAGUCAGGCAUAGAAAGGAAAGGAUAAGAAAAUGUGAAGUCAGGCAUAGAAAGAAAAGGAUAAGAAAAUGUGAAGUCAGGCAUAGAAAGAAAAGGAUAAGAAAAUGUGAAGUCAGGCAUAGAAAGAAAGGAUAAGAAAAUGUGAAGUCAGGCAUAGAAAGGAAAGGAUAAGAAAAUGUGAAGUCAGGCAUAGAAAGAAAAGGAUAAGAAAAUGUGAAGUCAGGCAUAGAAAGAAAAGGAUAAGAAAAUGUGAAGUCAGGCAUAGAAAGAAAAGGAUAAGAAAAUGUGAAGUCAGGCAUAGAAAGAAAAGAUAAGAAAAUGUGAAGUCAGGCAUAGAAAGGAAAGGAUAAGAAAAUGUGAAGUCAGGCAUAUAAAGGAAAGGCUUUCCAACUUGCCAUUAUGAAACCAUAUACAUGUACUCUAUAUUACAUGAGUAUGAUUGAUGUCCGAUAUAUAAGACAACACAAAAUUGAUAUCAGAUAUAACUACAUGUAUGUCAAACACUGUCAUCGCCUCAAAGACCAAGGGACCAUUUGUCAUGGUGCUGUUAUCGUCCUUCCGUCUAGCAUCUACAAUUAAAUGACUUCUUCUCAAACCUGGAGGCCUAGAGACCUGUUACUCACCCUAAAGCAUGCUUGGAUGAAGGGCUACAAAUGUACCAAGUGUGUUCAAAUAAAUGACCUUGACUUAGUUUCAAAUCCCAGGGAUCAAAUAUGCUUAAAUCUUUAAAUGACUUCUUCUCAGUCACCAAGAGGCCCAGAUACAGUAACAUGGUGUUGUAUGAAUAGCGUGCUGAAAUGAAGGGGGUACUGAUAUAAGCUUGUUCAAAUGAGUGACCUAAUUUCAAGGUCACAUGUGAGGAGUGACCACAGAUAUGUUGGGUUGGAGGUCAACAUACAAAGUCUAUUAGAAUAGAUACACUCAGCCCUCUCUCAUAUUGAAAUGAAGAGGUAUUCAGCUUUGUAGCCAAAUGUGUGAUACAGCUAUAGAUCAACUUUAAGUUGUAUUUAUUAGUAAAUGAGUGAUACAGGUCCAUUGGGCCUCUUUCUACCUUUUUGUUAGAAGAUGAGUGAUACAGGUCCAUUGGGCCUCUUUCUACCUUUUUAUUAGAAGAUGAGUGAUACAGGUCCAUUGGGCCUCUUUCUACCUUUUUAUUAGAAGAUGAGUGAUACAGGCCCAUUGGGCCUCUUUCUACCUUUUUAUUAGAAGAUGAGUGAUACAGGCCCAUUGGGCCUCUUUCUACCUCGUACAUUUUUUAAAACUGUUUUACAAAUAAUAGUUAUCAAAUUUUGCUACUCUAUUUACAUUCUAUAUUACUUACAUCUCGUACUUAUAUGAUUAAAUACCUUGUACACAUAUGAAUAUAUAUUUAUUAUUUCUCAACCAAUACAUUUCACUUGAGAUUUUCAUGUUUUCUAUAAGAAUGUUGUUUCAUCAAUGAUCUGUUUUGUUAUCAUUUAUAAAUAUAUUUCAUUCAUAAAUAUAUUUCACCAAAUGCUGCCUUAGUUUUCUAAUGAUAAUGUUUUUCUAAAAAUAGAAUCACCUAUACUUCCUAAUAUGGAAUGUAAUUUACACAAAUAUUACCAAUGGAGAUUGUGGUUUAAUUAUUUUGAUUAAUUAACAUCAUAUUUUGCUUCCGCAUGGGAGAAAUUAAAUUAAGUGCUUGUUAAUGCUGAAUAACAUAUUAAACAUUGUUUUAAUGAAACUGUUGCCAUUCGUAUUACUUAACUGAUCUGUUGAAAAAUAUACCAUAAUGAUAUUUAUCCUGCAACUGGCACUGCAUUGUCGGAAUACACCCAUCAUAUAUAGUUUGGCUGUAUACGGCAGUGACAGAAAACAGCUGUAUUUUAGAAUUUUUGCACAUGCGUCAAUUUGACUGACCUCCUUCCAAGUGAAACAUUUAAAAGGCGAACAUAUUUUGGGCAUUUGUGAUACUUUUAGAAAAAGUCUUAUUUUUUAAAAAAUGACUGUUGCAUUAUAAAUAGAAUACAUGGUCAGUGUCUUAAAAUAUAAGCUGUACAUUUGGCUCGGGACAGAAAGACAAAAGUGGCUCGCCAAGUCUCAUAACUUUUGUCUUUCUGUCCCCAGCCAAAAUACAGCUUAUAUCUUAAGACACUGACCAUGUAUUCUCUAAUACAUACAUUUACCAAUAUUGGCAAUAACUUAAGGACCAGGAAGGGCGACAAACAAAAUAUGUCAACCUCGGCACUUCGGAAUUCAGUACUGUGUUUGUCAACAAAUUUCUGUUUUAUUAUUGUUUAUUAAACUGCUGAAAAGUAAA